AGACGGAAGCAUGGGCGUUGCACAUGAUUGACUCCAUGUCGGAGCCACCGAAGGAGCCGGGUCAUAUCUCACCUGUUUCCUCGGUCGACCCGUUUCCAGGAUAUUGUUGAGAACCUGACGAACAACUCGGUGUUUUUUUUUUUUUUUUUUUUUUUCGGGUGUUGGGUUUUGAUUGUGGGAAGAUUCUAUUUCUGCGAUUGUAUGUGUUUUGGAUUGAAGGUAUAGGUUGGGAAGCUAUGCCGAGCGAAUUUUCAAUGAAGCAAAAUGGGGAUGUGGCGAAGGCGCGGGAGCGCAUUCGAGUACUCAACCGCGUGUUGGGUGCUUUCGAUUCUUACAAUGCUCUCCAGGAAUCUGAGCAACCUGCAAGAAAAUUGCUCGAUGAUGACAACGUGGCGGACAAAAUUUCCAGACUGUUAUUGCAACCGACAUCUGGGAAGGGAAGUGAUCUGGUGUGUCAAUGGCUAUUCGACACCUACCAAACGCAAGAUCCGGAGUUACAACUUGUGGUGCUUCGAUUCGUUCCGAUUCUAUGUGGGGUGUACCUGCCUCGCGUCACCACUAAUCCAGACGAGCCCCUAGCAGGUUUUGAGGCGGUCUUGCUAGCAUUGUACACUGCUGAAUGUAAGGCACGAGGGGGAAGGCCAGUGAUGAUCAACAUUCCUGACCUUGGGCAUGCCAGCCUUUACCACUCUCCGCGUCAUAUAGUUGGUUCUCCUCAACCUCACGUCGAAAUUGUUUCACCAGCACUUGAGCCACAAAGUGCAGUGAGGAGCACGAAACGGGCGGUGAUCAUAGGAGUUGCCCUUGAGCUGUUUUGCAAGCGGAUCUCUAUGAUGCCAUCAAAAGCGAAGCUUGAUCUGUGUCAUUAUGCGAGAAGCUGGGCAGUGAAGGGAUGCGGUUGGAGCAACGAAGUAGAAACCUUAGCUAAGUCGGCACUGCCACCACCUCCUUCUCUGAACCAGACGCGAGGAGGGAGUGGAUCUUGCUCUCUAGGUGUUGCAUUAACUAUUGGCGAAGCUCUCACUGUGGAGCAGGAGCCUGCUGAUCCGCCUCUUCUAAGGAGGUCUAACCGGCCUGGAAGAUGGGAUGUUGCUGAGCCAUCUUUGAGCAACGUUCUAGACUCUCGUGAAAACGAUCGCGAUGCAGUCUGGGAAUUCGACUAUCAAGAUGACUCUACUGAUGGGCCUCGUGUGUCCCUUGAGAUAGAGGUGCUCCGUCCUAUUUUCAAGGUUCUCGGACACUGCCUCAUGGCCCCUGCAAGUACUCCGGCGCUCAAAGCUGCUGCUGUAGAUGCCGCAAAGGCGUUGUAUGCAAGGUCUUCUCAGUGCUUGCUUCCAGAAGCCAUGCUAGCUUCCAGAAGUCUUAUACGAUUGAGUGUAGGUUCUUCUUUAGGUCCUACAAAGUCCCAGAGAGCAGAUAAGCUGGUCAAGUCAACAAGGCAUGGAAACUAGCAUUAUCUAGUUCACUCUUUUAGACGGUAGUUAGGAGGUUGUAGGUUCAAGAGCUGUAUUUCUUCUUUGUGUUUGGCUUCUUUGUCUGUUCAGUGUCUGGGAUACUAAUGAAAGAUAUGCUGGUUAAAGAUUCUAGAAUAUGCUUCAUUUAUUUCAAGAGA